AUGGUUAAUGUCAACACUAUUCAAUCAGGCACUGUGUUUGCAUGGUUUAUGCUGAUGAUGGUUAUUCGGCGCAUUGCAAUGUUGGUUGUCGCUGGCAUAGCAGGACGUGAUAGACCAUUUCCACCAGAUUCUCGAGUUCCCGAAGACAGAAUUUUGAAGAGAGGUCAGGUGGAUACUUCGAUGACAGAAACUACCCAUAUCGAAUUUACUAAAGACGUACGUGUCAAUAAAACCAUCGGCAAUGAUACAGAAAAUGACACGUAUUUUUUAAUUCUUCUAUUAGCAACCGCUGUCUUCUCUGACAGAAUGUCUAAUGAUAGUAUAAGAACAAUUGUGUAUGGUUUGAUUUAUCUAGUUGCUCGUAUCUGUUAUGCUGUAGCAUAUAUUAUGGCAUUGCAACCAUGGCGAAGUUUGGUUUAUGGUCUUGGUCUUGCUUGCACUUUAGCUUGUAACCUAGAUUUAGUAAUAACAAUGUCAAGACAGCCAAAUUAA